AUGCAGGCAGAAAGAGCAGCGUCGCUCGCGUUUUGGCUGGCCCAGCACCGUCCGGUAGCCGAGGUGCGCGUGGAUGCCGGCGACCUCGCGCCGGAGCUGCUGCUGUCGGUGCGGGAGUCCUACCGCGUCGACUUCGAAGCAGGACAGCUUGCCUUGACCGUGAGUCCGGAGAGCGGCGACCAGGACGACGCGGCCAGCGAUGGGAAGUUCGAGAUGGACGGCUUGCCGAUAAGGCGACAGGAUGCGGCUGCCAGUGCCAAAGAGUACUUGGAGAAGCAUGAACUGCUACCUUAUCUGCAAGGCCUCCUCGAGACCGUGUGCAAGGAGAAGCCGGCGAACCCCUACCGUUUCCUGUGGCGACAGCUUGGCCUGGCCUUGGAGGCCUUGCCACCGAAGGGGCCCGCCGAGGGGCCAACCGGGACGACCGGGAAGGCGCAGGCGCCAGAGCCCGAAGAGGGCUUGCCGGAGCCUUCCACGCGCCCUGGCACUCCCGCCGAGCUCGAAGGGAGCCGAGCCACAACGCCGCUGCCACCGCCACCUUUGCAGCCCACUUCAGAGGAGGCCGGCACUGCUGCUGGAUGUGUGGUGGCGUGUGCAGACGCGCUGCCGGAGCCGCUGAAGAGCGAGAUCCAGGAGGCUCUCGAGGCUCCUUCCGAGUCGCACCUGCAGUGGCUGCACGCGCUGGCGGGCGUGGAGGACUUCGAGAAUCUGCGACUUCAAGCACUCGCACUUUUUCAAAGUUCGAUUCAACAGGGCACUCUGCAGGAGGUGUUGCAAGGCCGGAGUGAUCCCAUGGAGAAGGGCACAGAGGCUCUGCGGGUGCUGCUGCGCGAAGCUCUUGGCCGCUCCGCCGUGGAGGGUUCACUGCAAGCCCUGCUUGGCGAGGACACGGGCUUGGAGUCGAGCGGCAGCGGGCUGGGCCUCUUGCCGGUUCCUCCACCAGGUGCCAAGCCGCCGGUUGCGAGGCCCAGGCCGCACUUCAAGGAUGCGAGCCCAUCAGAGGAUGUGAGCGCGUGCCGAAUCCUCACUCAGCGAAUACUUUGCCGCGCGGCAUCCCGCGUGUACAAAGCAAAUGCUCGAGAGCCGCCGGAGCUGGCGCGGCUUGAGGAUGCCAACGCGUGCCGCAUCCUCACUCAGCGAAUCCUGUGCCGCACGGCAUCCCGCGUGUACAAAGCAAGUACCAAAGAGCCGCCAGAGCUGGCGCGGCUUGAGGAUCCGGGUCUUGGUCCAUCCGACGAUUAUUUAUCCGAGGAUGUGUACGAGGAUGCCAACGCGUGCCGCAUCCUCACUCAGCGAAUCCUUUGCCGCACGGCAUCUCGCGUGUACCACUUAAGUGCCAGUGAGCCGCCCGAGCUGGCACGUCUUGAGGAUCCGGGUCUUGGUCCAUCCGACGACUAUUCAUCCGUGGACGUGUGCGAGGAUGCCAGCGCGUGCCGCAUCCUCACUCAGCGAAUCCUUUGCCGCACGGCAUCCCGCGUGUACAAAGCUAGUGCCAAAGAGCCGCCGGAGCUGGCGCGACAUGAGGAUUGCAGAGAACAGGACGCCGAGGACCAGGGCACAGAGCCCAGCUCUUGCCGAGGCCGAGGCGGCAAAGAGGCCAUGCCAGAGGCCGCGUCGCAGGGCGGCGCUUCGCCCGAAGCGAAAGAUGCGAAAGCAAAGCGCCUGAUGGAGUUGCGGCGGAGCUUCUCGGCCCUGAAGCAAAGCCACGGCCUCCUCCAACGAAAGGUCAGCAAGAUUUCGCGAGCUGCUGAUGAGGUGCGACGGAACACCGACCAAGCAGUGCAGCUGCUGAGCCCGAAGUGA